CUCAGCAGCUGUAAGUUAAACCUCUUUACCUUCACACUGACGGACCGUUGGAGCAGCAGCAGCAGAAAACAUGGCUCUACGAGUUACCAGAAACCGCCUGGCCUCCAGCAGGUCUGACCUGGGGGGGAAGGCCUGCUCGGGCCCCUCAGGGCCCGGACUGAAGCCUCGGGCUGCCCUGGGAGAGAUCGGAAACAUCGCAGCUAACAAAGAAGUCCAGAAAAAGACUGUGAAGACCGAGGCCACCAAGAAGACCAAAGUUGCCACCAAAGUGGAGAAAGCAGUUGUUCAGCAACCAAAACCAGAAACUGUUGUUCCAGUCCCAGCUGAGCCUGAGGAGCCGGUCAGUUCUUCUUUAACACACUAAUGUCUGUCGGGUGUGACUUAAUUAUAACAAAGACACAAACAACAUCUUUCUAAAAUCAAAUCAGUGGAUUUUCUCACUAGAUGAGGAAGAUUUUAUUUGUAAUUUUAUUCUAUAGUAACAGUUUAGAGGUUUGGCUUUUAGUCGGGAAACUAACUUUAAUAAAAACCUUCCAGUGCAUGACUUGGUGUUCAAACACCAGCUUUUCAUCUAAGGAAUAUCAUACUAUAUCAACAUUGAACAUACAGAAAACAGGAGUUUCAAGCUCUUCAGUCAUUGGUGCAGAUGGAUCAGACAACGGAAAGGAAGGCAACAUUUAUUAUGACCUCUUUAACCCAUUUAGGCCUAAAACAUCUGUAAAAACUGCCUGUAAAACCUCUGGUUGGUGAUUUUAAAAUCAGCCCCUAAAACCUGAAGUUUUCCUGUAAAUCCAACGGAAGUGUCAUCUCUUCCUACUAAAUAAUAGAUUUUUCAGCCUCUGUAGCAGAUAGAAAUGAAAUUCAUAAAGUAUCUGAGAGCUUAUAGCUGUUAUAUCUGAGCUCCCUCCGCUAUAGUCGUCUUCACCAUGAUUUAUAAGUUCUGGAAAAGUCCCAUGAUGCAUUGGGACACUCCCACAUGGAUUCUGAUGCAUUACAUUGGCCAAGAGACCCAAAAUAGGUGGAAAAAACUACAAAACCACGUAUCUGCUUUCCCGGCAUUAAUGGUAGAACAACACAACAGCGCCCCAACAGGUUUUAAUGGUAGAAAUGUGGUAAUCAGGGUUUGUACAGCUGCUUGAAAUCUUUAAAUGCUUGAAUUUAAAUGUUGUAUUUUCAAGGAUUUUGGAUAAAGGGCCUGUAAAUGCUUGAAAUUCUUCCUGUAUUUCUCUUCAAUCUGACUCUAUCCAUCUAUAGACUAUAGAUAAUCACAUGUUCAAUGUAAAAAUAAUGAGUAGCCUAUCUGAAAUGAAGACCGUUCCUCCUAAAAGUAAUAAUACAUUUUAUUUGUAGUGCACUUUACAUUACAGGAAAUCUCAAAGUGCUACAGGUUAAAAGCAUAACAGUCUAAUUAUAAAAGGAAAAAACAGCUGAAAACGUGCAUAAAAGUGUAACACCAUCUCUGUUGGUUUGGUUCAGUGAAAUCUUCCCUUUUAGUGUGUAAAUUUACAACAGGUGGAAGAUACUGGAAAAGCUUAAAUUUACCCUGAAAGUCCUUGAAAAAUGCUGAACGUAGGAAAAUUAGUCUUCUCCCUCACAAUCCUCUGGUAAAGCCUCAUUGGCUCCCAUAUUAAAAACACAGGAAGAUUUCUGAAAAAGGGAGAUGUAACUAUUUUUAGAUCGCUCUAACAAAGCAAUUCAUUUAAAAAAAUCAUAUGUAGACGUUCAGGAAGAACUCAGGACGCUCAAAGUGAAGUCGGAUCAAUGAUAGGUAUUAUGGUUUUUACCAAAAAUGCUUUCUGUUCGAGGCCAGAAAUUCCAGUCUGUCCACCUCUGCUGUCACUGUUCAGGAACAUUCAGGUGGCAGUUAAUUCUGUUGAUUGCUUUGAUCUGAUUGCGUAAGCGCGCACACUCCUCACACAUGCUUCAAACACACAUGUAACUUUAUGCGAUUUUCCCUACACACAAAUCAAAUCAAUUUUAUUUAUAUAGCCCAAAAUCACAAAUCACAGAUUUGCCUCAAAGGGCUUCACAGACUGUACAUGGUACGACAUCCUCUGUCCUUAGAGCCUCACAUCGGCCAGGGAAAAACUCCUUAAAAAACCCUUUUAGCAGGGGAAAA